AUGGAUUCUGGCAAUAGUGGAAGUAUCUCUUCAAGUGGCGACGAAGAAUACGAUUCACGACCUGAUCACACAGUGCUCCCUCCAACCUUUCUUAAUAACCACCCUUCCCAAUUCGGCUCCAUCUCACACCCUCUUGUUUCUUCUUCUCAUUACCAGCACCACCACCCUCAACCCUCUUUGUUUGAUCUCUCUUCAAGCUACCUCCACGCCCUUUCUCAACACAACUCCUCCAACCCAAACUCCUUCCUACACUUGGACACCGCCACGUCAUCAUCCUCCCAACCUCGAAGAUCUGAACCCGAUUGCACCGACCCUUCAGGGGUUAACGUUAACAUUAACGUCACCUCGUCACCACAAACAACAACAAACAUAAACCAAUGCUUGUUGGGUCCUCAAGUAGGCCUCCCCACAUACAAUGCGAGGUCACAAGAGGCAGUCUUGCUCGAACCAGGUAGAACGGUUAAUAACGUUGGGCGCAACUCAAAGAAGCGAACCAGGGCUUCAAGGAGAGCACCAACAACGGUUCUCACCACGGACACUUCUAAUUUCAGAGCCAUGGUUCAAGAGUUCACCGGAAUCCCUGCACCACCGUUUUCGGCUUCUUCCUCGUACUCUAGGAGGCUCGAUCUUCUAACUGGCUCAUCCUCCUUGAGAAGCAGCUCUCACUUGGACACAACAACGGGUCCUUUCUAUCCUUUGCGUCCUUCGCCACAAAAGGUACACCAUCAUCAUCAACAUCAUCAAAACCCAUUGCUUGUAUCUUCCUCAUCAUCACCUUAUAAUAACAUGGUUGAUGCUAUAGCUUCCACUACCACCACCAACAAUUCCUCGUCCAAUAACAGCAACAACCCCAUUAACUACCAACAACUUCCUCCUGAUUUGGGUUUACCCUAUCAUCAUAACCAACAAAAUAUCAUGCUGAGCAUGCAGAACCACCCCAAUCUUGCAUUUCACCACCCUCCACUCCCUCUUCACCCUUUCGGCCAUGCAGGGUUUGGUGCAAAGUUACCAUCAAUUGAGGAUCUGGGCAUGAGCCAUGGUCAGGUUAAUAAUAAUGCAAAUUUUGUAGCAAGUGGGGUGUCGAUGCCACUGAGGAGUGUUAACGACGAUGGAGGAGGAACAAGAGAUGUUUCGUUAAGGUCAUUCGAUGGUGGUGGUAGCUGCAAGUUGAACUUUUCUGUGGCUUCUGCGUCCACUAGCUUGAACCAUGAGAAGAGCACCUUACAGAAUAAUAGCAACAAUAAUAACCCUACUACUAGAGGGGAAGGUACCGUGGAUUCCUGGAUUUGUUCUUCUGAUUAG